GUCGAUGAGUCAGAGCCUCCACACCCUCCCCAAGAGACAAUAUUUGGCAGCACCAGUCUCACUUCUGCAGAAACGAAACUAACCAGUGCUCUCCGGGUUUGGUGCUGCUCGGUUCUCCUUUAUUCACCAGAAUGGAGGAAACGGAUGAAGAAAUCUCGGGUCAGACUCUAGAUGUAAGUGCUGCUGCUGCUGAAGUCUCAGCUGCAGGCGUGGAGUGUGAUGCGUGUGAGGGACGGAAGCGUAAAGCUGAGCAGACCUGUUUGGAGUGUUUGGCCUCGUAUUGUGAGCCUCAUCUGGACCUGCACAACAGACUGCAUGGAGGGAAAAGACACAAGCUGGUGGAGGCGACUGAAAAGCUGCAGGAGAUAACCUGCCCCAAACACGGAAAACUGCUGGAGGUCUUCUGCCGCACGGAUCAGCAGUGUAUCUGUUACCUGUGCAUCACCAACGCCCACAGGACACAUGACGUCAUCUCCAUCGAGGUGGAGGUGGCUGAGGCACAUAUGAAGACUGGGAUGAUACAGAGAGAGAUCGCCAACAGAGUUAAAACCAGAGAAAAGGAAGUGCAAGUAAUACAACAGGCAGUUGAAGCCUUCAAGAUAUUGGCCGAGAACGCAGUAGAGAAGAGUGAGAGACUGUUUAGGGAGAUGAUCCAGUCCAUGCAGGAGAGGCAGUGUACAGUAAAGGAUAUGAUCAGAGCUCAGGAGGAAGAUAUGGUGAAGAAGGCUACUGAAGUCCUAGGCAGACUGCAGGAGGAGCUGGGUCAGCUGCAGAGGAGAGACGCUAAACUACACUACCUCAAGGAGAUCUCUCAAGCAAACCAGAACAUCCUGUUUUUACUGCGUUUUUUGUCUGUUCCCGCCCUUCUUCCAUCCAUGGAUGCUGCUGUGUUCUUUGUACAUCCGUACUCGUCUUUUGAGUUUUCUGCUGAAGCUGUAGCAGAUCUCAUCAAACAGCUGGAGCACAUCUGCCAGUCCUGCUUCACCACAAUCUCUGAGAACGUUAGAGAAGCAGUAAGUCUUCCAGCACCAGCUCUGAAGACACGGGAGGACUUCUUACAAUAUGCGUGCAAGCUCACACUGAACCUCAACACAGCCCACGUAUCCCUACGCUUGUCUAAGGAGAACAAGGAAGUGACCGCUGUAGUCGAGGCAGAAAAUUAUCUUGACCACCCGGACAGGUUUGACUGCAGAGCACAGAUACUCUGCAAUGAGGGUCUGCAGGGAAAAAGCCCCCAGUACUGGGAGGUGGAGUUUGGUGGCAGACACUGGGUUUGCAUUGCUGUCUCCUACAUCGGGAUCCGUAGAAAAGGAAAGAAUGGUCCACUCUUUGGUAGGAACCAAGAUUCCUGGGGUCUGCGCUGUUGCGCCACUUCCUACCAUUUCUGGCACAAGAAUAAGAGCGUAACAGUGGACUACGAGCAGCCAUGCUCUAAAAUAGGAGUGUAUCUGGAUCAUGAAGCUGGUGUUCUAGCUUUCUACAAUGUGGUGGACAGCAUGAGCCUCAUCUACAAGGUCCAGACUAAGUUCACUGAGCCGGUGCACGCUGGGUUUGGACUGGCAGGGAAAGGAACUCAUGUCAAACUUUGUAAUGUAAAUGAGGAUGAUGUUAUUGAGGAAAAAACACUGUUUUCAUACUUCAGCACAUCAAGGCCACCAUGGAUGCAAAGUGCAGGGACGCAUUAACAAAUCUACUACACAUUCACCAGCACCAGCUUUAUCCACAUCAAUACAGUACCAGUCAAAGUUUGAACACAUCAUUCUACCAACUAUUCUAUAGCUCACCAGCGAGUUAGCGCAGCAGGAUCCAACCAUGUCCUUAAAAAAACUCAACUGAAAUGACCAGUGACCUUAAAAAAUGACCUUAAAAUAUGGUUUUAUGAGGUAGAGUCACUUGGAAUUCAGGCUUUCAGUUAACAGCUGUGCUGCUGAACUCCCUAAGAGUUAAUUAUUUGAAUUUCUAGUCCAUUGGGUUUGCAUUGCUGUCUCCUACAUUGGGAUUAAUAGGAAAGGAAGGAAUGGUCCACUUUUUGGUAGGAACCGAGAUGGGGUCUGCGCUGUUACGCCACUUCCUAUAAUUUCUGGCAUUUCUGGAAUUCAGGCUUUCAGUUAACAGCUGUGCUGAACUUGUCAAGAGUAAACUAUUUGAAUUUCUAGUCCUUUAAAUGUGUUUGAGAGCAUCAGUUGUAAAGUUGUGAAGAGGUAAAGUUACAAGUAUACAGUGAAUAGUGAAUAUUUGAGUUAUUUUCUAAU